AUGAAGACUUUGCGCAAAGUCUCCGUCGUCAGUCUUCUAUUCUACGUGUUCAUGCUCGCAGGCCAUUGCCUUGGUGAAGAGCCAAAACGUUAUCCGGCGACCUCUGCAGUUGUCACCAACAUCGCCUACUUCCACUUACUUGACUGUUUUGCAACUGCCAACCACACCAAUCCAUUGAAUAGCUUGUUGAGAUUGAGUCUUGAUGAGUCUCUGUUUCUUCCCGCGAAAAAACGUGCCAGUGAGUGUCCGAAGGAUCGUAAAACAACAAUUGCUCACAAUCUAACAGAAACAUUUUUUGUUAGUGAGAUCACUUCUAAUCAACUGAAUGCAAAGGCUCGUGAAAGAUAUCGUCAAGAUGCGGAUAACUUUCAGAAAGUUGAUGAUAUGGCUCGUAUAAUGCAUGCCGCCUACUAUACAGACCAAUUCGAUUUGGUUUUUGACAAGGAAACAGUCGGUGAGAAAGCAGACGUUGGUCAAGCAUUGGAUGGAACAUUCAGUUUCGGAUGUGAUAUGAGUGUUUGUAAGGAGGAUGGAAAGAAGAAAGGAGUCAUUGUGUGCCAUUUUGUUAGAGGAGUUCCAAAACCUAGAAGAACAAUUACGAAGGCAGAAGCCGACAGACGUCGUGCAUUGGAGUAUGGUCACUCGUCUGCAAAUGGAUUACUUUCCUUUGGAUCCUUCUUCUCUGCAGUCAUUUUUUCAUUGGGAUUGUUCUGA